AUGGACUGGUCCCUUGGCGUCCACGGCCCGGACCAGAAGAUUUAUUGUGUCCCCGACACGGCCACCCAGGUGCUUUGCUACGAUCCGCUGACGGGGCAGAGCUCCUGCUUCGGAGCGGAGACCAUCGAUGUGGGCAGCCACAAGUGGUCGGGGGGCGUCUUGGCCAAGGACGGGAAGAUCUACUGCGUGCCCUGGACCCAUCCACAGGUCCUGGUGAUUCAUUGCGAAGCCAAGCGGGUGUCUUUCUUGGACACCUCCACCGGAACGGGCUGCACCGCAGCCUCUCUCUCGGAGCACAAGUGGAGGGAUGGCAUCCUCUCCGAGGAUGGCUGGGCGAUUUACUGCAUCCCAUGGACGGCCGAGGCCGUGCUGCGCAUCGACGUCGCCAAGGGCUCGGCAAGCUGCUUCGGAGAGCUGCCUGCAGGCGACAGCAAAUGGGCAGGUGCUGCGGUCGGCAGCGAUGGGCGCAUCUACUGCGCACCUUACGACUCGGCGAGUUGCCUGGUGAUCGCUCCCGGCCCCGGGGAGCCCACGGCCUCGCUCCUGGGCCACUUCGGGGACUUACGCAGGAAGUGGCGCGGAGCCGUGGCCACCCCGGGCGGCGAGCAGAUCUACAUGAUCCCGUACAACGCCCUGGAGGUGCUUGUGGUGGAGCCUGAAGCCGUGCCGGCGGCGGGAGUCGCUGCUCAUCUCACGCCUUCGCCCUCCUUGGCUCCACGUCCCGCGGAUGCGAAGGAUCCACAGCAGGUGGCGCAAGCGGGCUGGGCCCAAGCGAGGGCCCUCGCCAGGUUUGGCGUGGAGCCCGAGGACCACCUUGAGCCCGAUGAAGCCGCUCCAGCAGAGCCAGCAGAAUCGGUGGAACCGGCAGAGGUCAAAGCUCCGACUGCAGGAUUCUCCAAGCUGGGUUGGGUGGGGGGAAUCCGUUGCAAGUGGCGGGGUGGAGUCUUGGCCAAGGACGGCUACAUUUACUGCGUGCCAGACUGUGCCUGCGAGGUGCUCUGCAUCCGCCCGGCGUCCCAGGAUGUGCUGCUCUUCGGGGAGGUGGGCUCUGCUCGGUGGAAGUGGCGAGGGGGCGUGCUGGCCUGGGCCCCGCAGGGCCUUGCCAGUGUGCGGAGUGCGCAGCGCAGAGGAGACAGGGCCGAGAGGAGAGGUCUCUCUUCGUGUUCGCGUUUGUGGCGUCACGAGGGGCGAGACGGGAAGGUCUACUGUGCGCUCGGAGCUCGGGUGCUUGCGGCGCUUUCAGCAAUCGGCUUCGUCUCCUUUGUAGAAGCUUCCUGCAGGCCCUACGAAAGUCAUGAGAGUGUUUUGGUCAUCGACCCGGCGACGCUGAAGACCUCACCCUUGCCACCGAAGGCAACGUUGUAA